AUGUCUUUAUAUCACGAAUCUUCUGAAAAACUUAAUAAAAAAUCAUUAUUAAUCCCAUCAGAAAUUCUACAGAAAAUCUCUUCACAUUUUAAAGAUGAUAUAUUUACAUUAUUUUCGUGUAUAUUAGUAUCAAGAAAUUGGUGUACAAGUUUAAUAGAAAUAUUAUGGAGUCAACCAUUUCAUCUUUCUCAUUCACCUCGUAUAGUAGAAAUAUAUUUAUCUUUUCUUCCUGAAAAUUUACGUGAUCAACUAAAAAUAAAUUUUCAUUCAUUUAAGAAAGGAUAUAAAUGUUUAUUCGAUUAUCCUUCUUUUUUAAAAAAAUUAUCAAUCCCAUUAUUAUGUAAUGCGAUUGGUGAAUAUCUUCGAGAAGAAUUAAAUAUAAAAACACUUCCUUUCUCAACAAUUAAUUAUUAUACUGAUAAUAUUAUUGAACAAAUAAUGUAUACAGAUUUAUUAAAAUUAUUUUCUAAACAAAAACAUAUUCAAAUUACAUAUAAUUUUAAAUUAUUUUAUAACAAAAAUAUUAUUAUCUUAAGAGAAUUAUGUAAAUUAAUUUAUAAUAAAAUUAAUGUAAUAAAUGAAUUGGAUUUUCAUAUAGGUAUAAAUUUUUCUGAGGAGGGUUUGAAGUUACAAUUGGCUGUUGAAGAAUUGGUGAAAUUACAGGAUCAUUUUAGAGGAUUAAAAGUUUUAACAUAUUCUGGAGAUAAUGAAGUACUUUGUUUCUUAGUUAAACAUUGUAAAAGAAUUGAAUCAUUGAAAUUAUAUCAAGUUAGUUAUGGAAAAAAUGUUUUAAAUAAUGAUGAUCUUUCGAUCCAAUUAAUAUCCUCGCAGAAAAAUUUACGAAAUUUGGAAAUUCAUGAUUGGAAAAUCUCCCCUUCCUCAAAUAUUACUUCUAUUACUUCUCCUCCAAGUAUAACAAAUAUAACAACUCUUUUACAAUCUAUCCAAUCACAAGCUAAUUCCUUGAGAAGCAUUAAACUUAUUAAUUGUAAUUUUAAUAAAUGUAAACCAUUAUGGGCUUUAUCAAAUUGUUUAAAUUUAGAGGAAAUAAUUAUUAGAGAAAAUCAUAAUUUUAAUGAAAAAUUACUCAUACCUUUAACGAAGGUUAAGUUUUAUAAUUUAAGAAAAUUUAUUUAUAAAUUUCAAUUAAUCAACUUUGUCGAUGAUCACGAUGAUGAUGAUGAAUUUAUCGAGGACGAAUUUAUUGAUUUGAAUGAAAUAUUUUCUCGUAUUAUAUUUAAUUCUAAAGAUAGCUUAAGAAUUAUUUCUAUUAAUGGUUUCAAAACUCUUCAAUCAUUAAGAAAUACUUUGAAUUCAAUCGUAGAAUGUAAAAAUCUAAUCAAAUUAGAUAUUAUGCUUGAAAAAUCAGAAAACACACUUCCAUUAUUAUUAUCUAUCAUUAAACAUAAUCAAUCACUUGAAAAAUUAUAUAUCGUUUCGGACACGCGUAAUUUAGCCAAUCAAGGAAAUAAUAAUAAUUUAUUUAUUGAUGUGAAUCAAUUUUUACAUUUAUUCGUAAAUUUACUUCCACAAAAUUUUAAAUUAUUAAAAAUGUAUACACCUGAUUGGUGUUUUACUACAGAUACUUUAAAUCAAUUUUUAGAAAAGACAAAAUUUAGAAUUAAAUCAAUGUGUUGGGUGAAUUAUGAAUGCGAUUUGGAUUGUGGUGAAGUUUUAAGAAAAUAUGCUAAAUUAAACGGUUAUAAAUUAUUAUUCGGUGAGGAUUGUAGAUUUAUUAAUAAUAGUAUAAUUAAGAUGAAUGUAUUUUUUGAAAAAUUUAUAACUAGUUAA